UGACGAAGGCGGAGUCUGGGCAGUGACAGGGAUAGUGGCCGGUGAUGCUGACGGGCCCGUCGUGGAUGAGGCAGUGGUUGCGGGGGCGGAGAGAGGCAAAGGAUGUGUGUUUCCCAUUGUGGGGUCUUUUGCGUGUCCUUGCGGGGAGAAUGGAAGCAGGAAUGGAAGGCUGGGAUUCCCUUUCCGAGCACAGUGAACCUGACAGUGAACAUCGAUUGCCCGCCGCCGGACCUUCACACUUGUGCGGUCUUAUAUACAUAUGUACUCUGUAGAGGAAGCAAACACCAUUGAGACCAUUGCUGUCCCACCGCACUGAGCCUCUGAGGCUUGCAAUUGACGUCUUCCACCUUUGUGUCUUCCGUUGAAUUCCAAUAUGCAGCCUCUUGGACUAAGCUCCCUUAUCCCAACCCAUCCCAACGAUACCCAACUACACUUCGCUUCAGACGCAAAGUCCGCACACCGCUAUGUGCGGCGAAAUUCCGCCGUCGCCUCGAGAGAGGAUGGAGGGCUUUUGCAGGAACAUGCCACCGUAUGCUGGAAGUGCGGAGGCAGAGGGAGGACCGUGAAGAAGAACAAGAAACGGAGAGAUAAGGGUGGCGCUGUGGAGACAGGGGUCGAUACAGGACCACCAUCGGGGGACGAUGGCCUCCAUCCCCCAAACCCCAAAAACGUUGUUUACAGCCCUUGCCAGCCCUGCAAAGGACUUGGUCACUCGUAUCCCACGAAAGUUGGAGGGGCCCCAACGAAGCCUACCAUCCGACCGUUCAAACCGCCAGCUUGUUGGGUUGCUAGGGGUCCAGAACCGAAAGGGUCUGCGGAGAACGCAGAAUGGGCUCCGGGGGAAGGGGAGAUGUUGACUGCACUUUCUGGGAAAUGGAUGAUUUAUCAGUUGACCAAUGGUCACCGGUCGACGACUGACGAUGUUCUGACAGCAGCGAUUGCAUUGGACCUUGUGCAAAGCAACGGUAUACAUGUGGAGCGCUACAUGGACAUCGGAUGCGGGCUGGGAUCUGUUUUGGGAAUGGUGGGAUGGGGAUUACUGCAAUGGGAGCAUACGCUCAAACAAGCGACCGGGGUCGAGGCGCAAACAGUCCACGUCCACCUCGCCCGCCGCACCCUCGCCUUCAACGCCUUCACCCUCGCCACCAUCCACCACUUCGACCUCCGCGAUCUCGUCUCCGGAUCCUCCACCCUCCCCUCUAACGGCCGCUUCACCCUCAUAACUGGCACACCCCCCUACUUUCCCUCUACAGCCGGCUCCCUCCCCACCCACCCUAACCGCGGCAUGUGCUCCUUCGAACUCCGCGGCGGGAUCGAAACAUACUGCCAGGCAGCGGCGAAGUACCUCGCCCCCGGCCCCAAGUCGCGGUUCGUGGUCUGUCAGACUGGGCUGGAGAUCUUGAGGACGGAGACGGCUGCGAAGAGUGUGGGGAUGUGUGUGGUGGAGAGGUGGGAUUGCUGGGGGAGGGAGGAACGGGGUGGGACGAAACCGCUGAUUAGUGUGUUUGUUAUGGCUUGGGGGGAGUGGAGGGGUGAUUAUAAUGUGAGGGUUUUGUGUGUCAGGGAUAGGGAGGGCGAGUUCAGUGGGGAGAUGGUCAGGUUGAUGGAAAUCGUGGGGAAGCCGCCGCCGCGUAGUACUUCCGCCCAUAAACGAUCCGAUAAAUGAGAAGGCCAUGGUGAAUGUAGAUUUAGACUAUAUAGGCGAUAGAAUGAAACUCUUGAUGGGAGAGUGAGAUUUUGAAGAGCCAUCACUCACUCAAAGCGCUGGGCGCCGAAU